AUGGAGAAUGACACAGGCUCUACCGAGCGUGCGAACGCAUCUGGGCUGGGCACCAUGCCCUGGACUCCGCUGGCUGUGCAGGUGGUGACUCUGACGCUGGUGCCCCUAGUGUGUGCCGUGGGUGUGGCGGGCAACGCCAUGGUAGUUCUCGUGGUGGUCUGGGGCCGCCACAUGGUCACACCCACCAACUGUUACCUGGUGAGCCUGGCCCUAGCAGACCUGCUGGUACUUCUCGGAGCUGCAGUGCCCACUGUGGCUGAGGCAGCGUCCAGCAGAGGCUGGGUCUUUGGCCACGUGGGCUGCCUGGGCAUCACCUACUUGCAGUACGUUGGCAUCAACGCCUCCUCUGGCUCCAUCACGGCCUUCACGGUGGAGCGCUACAUCGCCAUUUGUCACCCUCUGCGUGCACAGGCACUGUGCACCGUAGCUCGAGCCAAGCGCAUUGCAGCGUGGGUGUGGCUGGCUACGGGCACCUACUGUGUGCUCUGGCUCUUCCUGGUGGACACGCGCGAGGCAGUGUACGCCGAUGGUGUGCAGGUCCAAUGCGGCUACCGUGUGUCCCGCUCUCUCUACCUGCCGGUCUACUUCCUGGACUUCAUGCUCUUCUACGCGAUGCCGCUGAGUCUGGCCACCGUGCUGUAUGUGCUCAUAGCGCGCGUCCUUUUCACCCGACCGCUGCCUCCCCGCCACUCGGGGCUCGCGGGUUCUGUGCACCAGGGAGUAUCCACCCACCAAGGAAGCUUCAUCUCCAGAGGCAGGAGGGAUGCCCUCAACUCUCGGAAGCAGGUCACCAAGAUGUUAGCCGUGGUGGUGGUCCUUUUCGCUGUGCUGUGGCUGCCUUACCGCACCCUCGUGGUGGUGAAUUCCUUCCUGAGCCCGCCCUACCUUGACUUCAGCUUCCUUCUCUUCUGCCGCCUCUGCAUCUACCUGAACAGCGCUGUCAACCCCGUUGUCUAUGCCCUCAUGUCCCAGCGCUUCCUCGAGGCCUUCCACAAGCUCUUUCAGUGUCAACAGGCCCAGUCCCAGGUCCCAGCCCAGAAAGACAUCCCUGUUUGCUACAGCAUCACCAAAGACUGCUCCCAGCAAGUUCCACCUAGGAGGAAGCUGUAA